GUAAAGAACACGUUAUAAUUGUGCAAGGAGUUGGACAAGGGUAACUCGGAUCAGGUGGAAUUUGUGGGGGUGGACAUGGUGGGCAUAUUAAAGAACAUCGGAAGCACUGAUCAUUUGAACUUCAGUAGUGUAUGGGAGUACACGGCAUACAUGGUGGAGGACAAGCAGGUGGUAGACAAGGAUAACAUUUACUGGUACCAAUGUAAAAAAGUCCGCCAGUGUUAAUCGGUGUCCGAAUGACAGGCAUAAUAGGCUCACAGGGUGCUGGUACUGGUUUUGGUAUAGGUGCAGUCGUAACACAAGGAUAACCGGUGCAAGGUGGACAUAUGAAAGGACAUGGUGGACAUGGUGGGAUAGGUCCUAAUGGAGGACACGUCAUACAUGGUACUGGUGAACUUGGAGCACAUGGACCACAAGGUCUCGAGGAAGCUAGACCAAUCGGCGGAACCAGAGGAAUAGUACAACAGGGAUCACAUUUUACUGGAGCACAUGGAUUACAAGGAGGUGGUGGGCAGCAUGAAGAUGGCACACAAAAAAUGGCUGGACAUGGAGGUUCAGGCGGUGGACAGCAACCGCAACUGAAAGAAAAUUAAGAACAAUGAGCAUGUACAUUAUUUAUUUUAUAUAAAAAUAAUUAAA